UAGCCAACCUCCUCUUCUCCUCCCCCCUCCAUAUCCCUCUCUGAUUAGCUAAUUUACAAUGUUUACAUCAGAUGUUAGUACCAAAGUUCAGCCAUUAAAAUAUUUUUUGCCGAGUUGUCUGAUUUCAUAAUCAAGAGAAUGUAGACAAGUGUUCAGUAUGGGUUUUAAGUUUCCUACCAUGUCUCCUAAAGUUUAUUGUUUCGAAUUUGAGAGUAAGUGUUGUUUGUUAAUUCCAAAGUUUGUCAUCCAAACAUGUUUGGUAUUGAAAUCUCAGGCAUUUCAAAGGCCAAUUCACUGAACAACCAAACAGGUGAAUUCGUAUUCGUGCCAUUUCAGUUUCCUCAAUGAUUUGGAAUUUAGACCAAUUCAAUACGGAGCUCUCCAAUGGAGACAUCCAAACGAAGCGUUAGGUUAUUGUCUAUUCGUCUGUGGUAGCAUAAAUAAAUCACUGAAUGUCUUGUUGUUUACAGUUUAUGCAAAGCCAUUGUUGUUUACAGUUAUGUAAAUCCAUUGUUGUUUACAGAUGAUAGUUAUUAAUGACAACAUUCAGAAUUGAAAUGUGUUCUUCUUUAGCUUGGCCGCCCAGCAAUUUGUUUAUAGCUCCGCCACUGAUUAAGGGGCUUUCAUUCCUCUCGCAGCCAUGCUUGGCCAUCUCCGGCGAUCCUCUGGCAUUCUGCGCCGCCUACCGAUCGCCAGCUUCGCUCCCUCCGACCCUGCCGCUGCAUACUCGGGAUGGAGUUCACACGCCGAGUCACUCUCGUUUGUUUCAUGUUGGUGUGGCAAGCAUGCUACCAGGAAUUUCUCUACAGAUGAUAAAGUUACCAAUGGUCGUCGAGGGUAUCGGCAAAAGGAGUUGAAGAAGCCAAGUACGGCCGUGAAGGAUAAUGAUGCAAUCAUUGAUCGCAUACAAAAGAGCACAAGGGGGUUGAAAAAAGGGCCGGUUGGGCACACCCUUUCAUCAGCAGAGAAAAGGAAAUUCCUUAUCAACACUAAGUGCAAUUUCACUUGUUAUAUACCAAAUAUGAACUAUAAAAAGUUUUCUUGCGCCUUCAAGCUUCUUGAUCUUGAAGACUCAAAAGAAGCUGUUUACAGCACCCUUGAUGCAUGGAUCGCCUUUGAGCAGGACUUUCCACUCGCCUCAUUAAAGCAAGCAAUUGUAGCUCUUGAAAAGGAGGAACAAUGGCAUAGAGUUGUCCAAGUAAUAAAAUGGAUGUUGAGCAAAGGGCAAGGAAAUACCAUCAGAACAUACGAGCAAUUAGUGCGUGCACUUGAGAAGGACAACAGAGCAGAGGAAGCACAUAAAAUCUGGGAGAAGAAAAUAGCCCAUGACCUGCAUUCAGUUCCUUGGCGUUUCUGCGGUCUUAUGUUGGCAAUUUACUACAGAAACAAUAUGCUAGAUAGGCUUAUCAAGCUCUUCGGUGCCCUUGAAGCAUGUGGUCGCAAGUGUCCUAGUAAAGAAUAUAUACGGAAAGUUGAAGUUGCAUAUGAAAUGCUUGGUCUAUUAGAAGAGAAGAAGGAUUUGCUUGAAAAGUACAAGGAUUUGUACAAUAAGCCAUCAAAUAGUGAUAGAAAGAAAGAUCGACGGUUCAAGAAGGCUGAGAAGAAAGCUGCUGAUGAUGGCAGCAAACAAUUGGAGAUGGAAACAUCUGAAAACUUACCAGUUAACUCAUGCCCUUCAGAUAAGGAACUGGUUGCCAGCAGUUAGUCAAGAUAAGAAAUACAACACCGAUGGUGAGAUCAGUAUCAGCCAAGAACGUGAUGCAGCUAGUAAUCUCUACCAGUAACACUUACUGGGCCAACCAAUAGUCCAUUACUAAUAGGAAAGAAGCAUGAACAUUGAAACCCCCUUAUUCUUCCAUAAAUCAUUGAAGUGCGGUGACUUCCAUGUUGCCUUGGACAAAUAUUUCCGAGUGUUAUCGUUCGCCAAAAAAGUUGUAAUGUCUGAAUAUUGGAAUAAGUGGGCGCAUAACUGUAGUCAACGAAGGGAUUACAUGAGGAAACCAGUACUUUAUCUCAUGUACUCAGUGUGAGAAUUGUUGUGCUGACAUUUCUGUUUUCAUACUAGAAAGCCAAAUUCCUGUUAUCCAUCGCAAUCUAAUAUCUCUGCCUUUGUGGAAUGUCAAA